UCGGGUGCCGGCCUGAGGGGGGACGUCGUCGGGCGGUGGGGUGUCGGCGGCGCCGUUGGUUCCCGGGCCUCGUGCUGCCCCGCGCCAUGUUCCUCACCCGCUCCGAGUACGACAGGGGGGUGAACACCUUUUCUCCUGAAGGAAGAUUAUUUCAAGUGGAAUAUGCCAUUGAAGCCAUCAAGCUUGGCUCCACAGCCAUCGGGAUCCAGACGUCAGAGGGGGUGUGCUUGGCAGUGGAGAAGAGGAUCACCUCCCCGCUCAUGGAACCCAGCAGCAUUGAGAAGAUCGUCGAGAUCGACGCCCACAUAGGUUGUGCCAUGAGUGGGUUAAUAGCUGACGCCAAGACUCUGAUCGAUAAAGCCAGAGUGGAGACCCAGAACCACUGGUUCACCUACAACGAGACGAUGACGGUGGAGAGCGUGACCCAGGCCGUGUCCAACUUAGCCCUGCAGUUUGGCGAAGAGGAUGCGGAUCCGGGUGCGAUGUCUCGUCCGUUUGGGGUGGCACUGCUGUUUGGAGGAGUCGAUGAGAAAGGACCCCAACUGUUCCAUAUGGAUCCUUCAGGAACCUUUGUACAGUGUGAUGCUCGAGCGAUCGGUUCUGCCUCGGAGGGUGCCCAGAGCUCCUUGCAGGAGGUUUAUCAUAAGUCUAUGACACUGAAAGAAGCCAUCAAGUCCUCUCUCAUCAUUCUCAAGCAAGUAAUGGAGGAGAAGUUGAAUGCAACUAACAUUGAGCUGGCCACCGUGGAGCCUGGCUUGAAAUUCCACAUGUUCACAAAGGAAGAGCUUGAAGAAGUUAUCAAGGACAUAUGAAGGGAGAGAGGAUUCCUUGGAGUUUCCCAGAGGAGUUGACCAUUUGCCCACAGUUUUUAUUUCGAGUCCCCAUUCUUUGGAGACACGCUUCUGGCCGUGCGUGUGUUUUUUUUACAAAUCUGUGUAAAUAAAGACAGUUCUGAAAUAAAGAAGAUGAUAAAAUAAA